AUGCCUAGUAUUCCUAAGGCAUCUAACGGAGCUACAAAUAACGAUAGACCCUUCUGUAUAAAUGCUUUACCGGGCGAUCCUGGCUCUGCCUGGCUGUCUUCAGGUUCCUCACCUAAACAACUUUUCAAACCACCUUAUGCAGCUCCUAGAAUUGGUUUUUUUCCUGUUUCUCAGCCGAGCAACCCCCAGUCUUCUAAGCCAAACCUACCAGGUAGCUGUCAAGUAAUGCCUCCUUUGCCUUCCAUGCCUUCGCUGCAACUUCCCACGACUUCAUCCAGCCUCCUUCCUGGCGUACCUAGUCAAUCGAAUUAUGAAUCUUUAAGCUCGAAUUCUCAACAUCAUCCAUCAACGUCACCACGCUAA